GGAAAGAAGCUUCAAUUUUCUCGCAGCAUCAUCGGCUGGAGAGGCAGGAGGAGCACAAAGAAACGCAACCUCCACCCAUCGUGUCCGCGAAGAUCGCCUUCUCUCCUCUCCUACCCGUCAUUAUCCGCCUUGUCCGUCUCUCUCCAAUUUGAAACACUACAAAUCUUCUCUCUUAUCAUCUCCUAUUUGUGCUCUUAGAUUCUCAUAUCCGUCCAGGUUUAUUUUUUAAAUGGCGAAAGUUAACAAGGUGCGAUGCAGAUUUGAUUCUCGACGUCAGAAAGUGACAUCUUAUCUGUUACCUUCUUCUGAUCGUAAGGCUACUAAAGAUGGAUGCUCAAAGAAAAAAUGUUCCAAAACUUCAGAGAAGAGAGCGUGGGAUGAUGUAACCUGUUCCGUCUGUCUGGAGUAUCCUCACAAUGCUGUGCUCUUGCUUUGUUCCUCUUACAACAAGGGCUGCCGCCCUUACAUGUGCUCAACCAGCCGUCGUUUUUCCAAUUGUCUGGAUCAAUACAAGAAAGCCUAUUCAAAAGUAAGUGAAUCUACUGAACAAAUGAAUAGGUCAGUGGACGUUCCUGAACUUUUGUGCCCCCUCUGUCGGGGGCAGGUGAAAGGUUGGACGGUGGUGGAACCUGCGCGAAAGUAUUUUAAUGCCAAGAAAAGAAGCUGCAUGCAGGACAAGUGCUCGUUUUAUGGAACUUAUAAAGUUCUCAGGAAGCAUGUUAAGGCAAAGCACCCAUUGGCACGACCACGGGCUGUGGAUCCUUUACAUGAAGAAAAGUGGAAGAAUCUUGAAUGUGAGAGGGAGAGGAAUGACGUAAUCAGCACAAUUAUGUCAUCAACACCGGGAGCAGUGGUGCUAGGGGAUUAUGUACUUGAACCAGGCUAUCGUGGCGCUUAUGGAGACUAUGAUUCAGAUGACUCUUUGGAUGAUGGUUUCUACCCUCUUGAGUCCUUUGAGCGAGGGCGUAAUGGUGGCUCGCAUUCGCGUAAUAGGUAUCAUGUGGAUUAUGACUCACUUGAUGAGGAUGACUUUGGAAUAGGGCGUGCUAUCGCAGCUGGUUCUGCAGCUGCAUCUCGACGUGCCUUUCAGAGGAUAUUUAUUGGAGGAGCAAGGAGGCGGGGGAGGCACAGAGGAGGAGGUAACAGAGGUCGAUAAUUUAUUUCGCUAAUAUGAGAAAAAUAGGGUGUGAGGGCACUGGGCUCAGGUGCUAUAUUAUUGGUUUCUUUUCAUUUUAUUGCUAUUGCCAUGACAUUUUCACCACAAUGGUGAAAAGCUGUAGUGGUGGUUACUAGCACAUUGUGAAACCUCUUGUGGUGUGAUGUGGAUGAUAAUUAGGUUAGCAAUUUCAAUGGAUUCAAAAGAAAAGCUGUUUCAAAGGGCAUUGCCCUUGAUUGUUUAGGUGAUUAGUUUCGUGGAGCAAGAGGUAUUUAUUGAUCAUUUACCUCAGAUGUAGGGAUUGAAUGUGAUUUGAACAGUGGAUUAGAAUGAUGAGCAAAUUCUUUUAAUAAUGUCAGGUUUGAAGUUAAACCUCCCCCAUUGCCCCAUCCCCAAAUAAGAAGAAAGAUGAAUAACUCUUUCUUUA